AUGUCGCACGCACCCACCAUCAUCGACAAGUACGAGGGUCAAGAUGUGCUCGAAGUGAGACUCUCCGGAGGAGAUGGAAUGGAAGCUAGCAUUGUGACUUUUGGAGCGUCAAUCCGGUCACUUCAGGUCAAUGCUCCUGAAGGCAGACGGCAUGUCGUGUUGGGUUUCCCAUCCUUCGACGAUCAACUCGCCAACAAGAAAUUGCAUUUUGGCGCAGUCGCUGGGAGAGUAGCCAAUCGUAUCGCCCAUGGAAAAUUCACUCUAGAUGGAAAGCCAUACCAGAUCGCUUUGAACGAAAACAAUCGUCAUGUCUGUCAUGGUGGAAUCAAAGGGUUUGGAUUGAAGAACUGGUCAGUAAAGAAACAAACUUCCAACUCUGUAACCCUGGGCUUAGAAUCGGAGGAUGGAGAUGAAGGGUUCCCCGGAAAAUUGAUCGCAGAAGUUACAUACACCAUCACCGAUGAAUCGACUCUACAAAUGACUUGGUCAGCUACCACCAACCAAACCACCAUUGUCAAUCUCACAUCUCAUGCAUACUACAACUUGAACGGGACUGGAGGGGAAAAUACUGGAACACAUUCAAUCCUUUUCGAAUCGGAUAGCUAUACCCCGGUCGACGAUGGGCUCAUUCCCACCGGUGAAAUAGCUUCGGUUGAAGAAACACCAUUCGAUUUCCGACAAUCACGCCCCAUUGAGCUCCCAGAGUCGUUCCACUACGACCAUAACUUUGUUCUUCGUGAUCACACUGGUAGACUCAGAAGAGCAGUAGAAUUGAUAUCUUCCAAGAGAGAUUUGAAGAUGGAGAUAUGGACGGACCAACCUGCUAUCCAAUUUUUCGAUGGUAAACCACUCAACCUCGCUCAGCCGGGGCACGACAAUAUGAAGAUCAAUUCUCGAUCUGGUAUAGCGCUAGAACCGCAAGUACAUCCAGAUGCUAUCAAUCAACCCAACUUCCCUAACACCGUUUUAAAGCCGGGAGAAGUGUACAAGCAUUAUACCGAGCUGAGGUUUGGAGUGCUGUAG